AGAAUCUUGCGUAUCCUCAAAACACUUACUACACAUUAGGUAUGGAACCUUGGAUCAAUGGUAGUAUAGUGACAUUGCUCAAUGACAGGAGCACAAACAUAGAAAUGGUCCAUCCUUAUCUGUUGCCAAUAUCACAAUACAGGGGAGCCAGUGGCAAGGGUCAGAUGUCACCCUUUCCUUUUGUAGAGACCAUGUCAGGAAUGCCGCGUCUCCUGGAAUGGUGCUCGCAUUCAUCGCCAUUAAUUCUCAACCCAGUCAAACUCAUUACAAAGGCUCCUUGGGGUGAUGCAUAAUACAUCUGGGAGCAAAUGCUUAUCGCUGCUAUGCCAGCACCUACUUAUAGCACUCCAAACAAGCCCCAUGUAUAUUUAGCCGUGCACACUUCCCUAAACCCGCCAAUCAAUCUAGGCUGGUGUCUUGACGUAGGUGGGACGGCUCCUGCCCAUCUGAUACUGGGAGUCCCUCUCCCACGAUGAUACUGUUUCAAACCAAAAUAUCCAUUAUGGAUUCCUAUCUCCUGUGGGUGAACCUUAACCUUGGUCAAAGACUUAUUCUGAUGCGUGGCAUGUGUGAGCGUUUGCUGGAGAAUUUUGUGGUCCGGUCAGACUUGCAUGGACUUGUUCGCGACAAACGUCUGCCAGCCUCUGGUUUAGGAAAUUGUGUACUAUUUAAGGAGAACAACACGCAGUCCCCGCUAUGUACAGUGUUAGCCAGCGGCAAGUCUGCUCGAUUGUGUAGUAUCGUACGGGGCUAUAUCUGGACGUCGCUUUCGAUCGUGUAAUAACGGCGCUGGCCAACUGGAGGGGGUGACGGCCAUUCCUUGCUGUGCUCAGAGUCCAUGUUGUCCAGCAGCCCGCCUGUAUCCAGCAGUCCCCAGCAGUCCCCCACGGAGACAGAGCUGCGACAGGUAUGGAGACACCCCGAGGGAUCCCCACACGGCCCCAAGUCCUACACUCCAUCUCAGCUAUCCCAGGGCACGGUCGCCAAGUCCCCCUCCAGUCCUAGGAUAACCAUGCACGCUGACGCGCCUCUCGGAAGGGAGUACGUCCGAACGCCCACCAAGCUGAAAAGCGGAGAGAGGAACAACGAAUGCUUGCCCCCGAAGAAGCGGGAAAUCAUCAGCCCGGCUAAAGAGAUGGAUUCGCAGAAAGUUGCGGCAGAGGAGGAGAGAAUGCGAUCGAUGCCCGGAGUGGUCACCGUGUCCGUACCGACCACGUACACACCCGUUCUUGGGACUGAAAACCCUUUAAAUCGGUUGGCUGAUGUUGCCAUUAACAGCGAAAGACACCUGACGAGUGCGCCCUUAGCACCGUCCACCGCAACGCUGGAAGCUCGAAAUAUGACUCACCUUUCGGGAGAGAUAGCACCUGUGUCAUACCCAACCGCACCUUAUUCUUCCAUUUACUCCUCUGCAUCAAUUCCCUCAGCUAAACCAAGCUCUUCCCUCAUCCCUUCCACUGCUACCAUAGCGCCCGGCUCAGGACCGGUCACCGCUCUCCCGACCUCUGGUCCGUACGUGGCAGCUCCCUACCUUGGACAAUACGGUUCUGCCGGCGGGUAUCUUCCCUCGGCUUUCGGACAGUAUCCACAGAUCGAGUCAUACUCCGCAAUGCUGGCUACGAUGGGAAACCACAUCCAACAGGCGCAGGGCCAGGGAAACAAGCCGCCUUUGGUGCCAUCCCAACUGGGUAUGUCCCGACAACUGGAUCCGAACACUUCUGUCGGGACGUCAAGUCAACCUCAGCUCUACAUGGCCCAGGAAGCAAACCCAGAACAACCUCCAGUACCCACAAGCAAACAGUCGCCAGAUGGACUAGACAGAAAAAACGGGGUACCAAUGACCCAUGCAGGGACGGCGGAGGUGUUGAUACCAACCUCCAACAUGCGGAACAUUCUAGCUGUCCAGACUGCCUCUCAGAAAUUGAGUCUCGGCGUACAGGCAAGUAGCGGUGUUGGGGAGACGGUACUGUCUCCGAACAACGUUAAGACGUCAGUGUCUGACGACGACGUCUUUAAGAAACCCGGCGCUGUUGUGACUCAUGGUCGAGUGGCACCGCCGGGUGCCGGGAGCGGCAUCGCGGUCAGUAUGCGGCCGCUCGGCGGCAGGAUGGACAACGCUUUGCCAUGUGAACUUCCCUCGUGGCCCAACAUCAUACUGCCACAGGCCAUAGGGACACAGGCAUCCGCCGUGCAGUAUCUCGACACCUUCUCCGCUACCUCCCUUCCGCAUCUGUCGUCAACGAACACAGUCCACCCCAUCCCGUCCACCGUUCCACACUUGGCGAUCCCUCCUGGCGCCACCCUCGCUCCCAUUCCUCCCCCCGCGCCCUCCGCCAUUGCUCUCUCCCACGGCGGCCAGGUUCUUGGACACUUCAUGAAGGGUUCGGUGAUUCAGCUGGCGGGAGGAGACCUGAAGCGGGUGGAGGAUGUGAAGACGGAAGACUUCCUCCAGAUGUCUGGACCGUCGUCCCCGCAUCACGUCACGACCAGCACGGUGGUCCGCAUCACCAUGGAGGACGGGUCCAGCACGGGGCUGGUGCACAUCACCUUCGCUGUGGGCCACGAGAAGAACCUGGUGACUGUCGAAUCCACAGUGGACCAUCCAUUCUUCGUUGUUGGACAGGGGUGGUCGUCCUGUCGGCCAGAACGGACUCUCUCCAGAUACAGCCUGCAGUGCCACACUUUAACAGUGGGAGAUACGUGUGUAUCGCUCACGCUGUCAAACAGUAUGAACGGACUGAGCCAGGAGAGCGGGCGGGCGAAACAGUCGACGGAAAGUCUGAAGGAAAGGACUGAUUUUACCGGGUUGUCAACCUCCUCUCAAAACAACAGAAUAAACAGAGUAGAACUAACGUCGUCGUCGUCGUCGCAGCAACAACAACCGCCCCAAGACACCCGCAGCUCGGAACACACGGAUUCUGCUGGGAGUGAAGUGGGAACUGGAUUCGUCUUACCUCAUUCAGAGAUACCGGGUAACCACGGACAGCACCCCAACGUUGGGCUUCAGCAGUCGGCUCCUGGAGGCAUGCUGCAGACUCACGCUGCUGCGACUAUGCAACAGUCCACCCUGCCGCAUCAGGCAGGCCUGCAAUUCGCUCACCACCAGAGGAACCACAUAGGUGCGCCCUCUAGCAGCAGUAGGCCGGGACUGCAGCACGGUUCGCCGUUAAUCCACGUGGGAGUGCCCGUCUUACCGCAGGCUGCUGCUAACCGCGCGCUGCCCCAGUACGUCCAGGUGCUUCAGCCGGGGCCAGGCGGGUACAUGGCCAUCCCUGUCCAGACCUGUUCCGAACUUGAAGGUAUGCCGUCAUCAAUGGUUGAAGAGAACGGAAGACAUGCCAAGAUGAACUCAAAACUUUACAUGGUGCACAGCCAGGCACCAUCCAGUGGUACUGUAGCUGUUUCAGACAGUAAACUCCCAAACACGGAUGACAAUCUCAUACACAGAAAAGGUAAUCACGAUGACACUAGCGCACAAACUCAGAAAAUUCGAAAGCGUCGCUGGUCCGCUCCCGAAACAGGAGACAGAGAAGAGGAUGCGGCAAGUCCGAGCCGCCAGGUGCGGUCCGUCGCCCUAGAAUCACUCAUAAAGUUUACUUCACAAAAACAAGGCAGCUGAAUGCCUUCACAAACUCAGUUGUUCUGUUGUAGCAAGGUUUCUGACCGAGAGUGCUUAAAAACCACAUCAUAAGCCAGUUCACUGUUUAAACUGCACAUACACAGUGUAAUGCAUUGUGGGUAAUAUGUCAAAGUUGAAGGCCCCUGAGACACAAACAAAACUCGUCUGGACAUGGUAUAAACAGAAUGGCAUAAACGAAAACUGUUAACAAAUUAGGAGUCUUCAUUAACUUUGAGUUGACCUUACCCAUGUGCAUUUUAAACCCCAAACAGACGUAUUCAAUGUGUGGGGUCGAGUGUCUCUCUGAAAGGAGCCAAACAUUCCAUGUCAAAUCUGCUGUAAACAAAAUGAACGUGUGCUGCAUGGGUACUUCCAGAGUGAAACACAACCUGUGGGACUAUUUAA